AUGCGGGCUAGCAUAGCUGAGCCGCCCAAAGCGGGGCCCAUUCGUCAGAGCCAUUUGUGUUCCAAGGACGGCUGGACUUUCUCCUGUCCCCAGAACUGCUCACACGCGGACCGAGAGCGCUUGUUCUGCUCCAGUCAGACCGAGCGCCACAUCCCGACCAUGCGAGCGGCUUUCUUCCCGUUCCUCCUGAUUGCCUUACAUGUGUCCGUACCAGCCGAUUGUAGAUCCAGGUUCAAGGGCCUAGAGGGGCUUCGUCAGAACGGUGCCCGUCGAUCUGGGGCGCAUGCGGACAGACGUGGAUCCACCAGGGAACCUUUUCUUGGGGACUUUCUCGUUCUUCUACCUGCAAGAACGACCAAGAGCGACUUUGUGUCCGUAUUUGACUUGAAAAGACAAGCUUUUGUGUGUUUGGACUCAAAGUUGGAGCUGUACAACUCGAGACAAAAAGACACAAAGGAUUGUCUUUUCCGCCGCUCCGGCUUCAUCAGUGGCGUCUUUUACUCUUCGCUGGCGUCAUCCCACCCGUCCUUGGUCUUUCUAAAGCGCUUCAUAGCCCCCUUGGUGACCAGGCAGAGGAGAAGCGAAGAAGUGAACCCGUCCGAUCCGUUAAGAUCCGAGUCGGAUCCCUCCCAUUCCGUUCAGGAUCACAAAGAGUCGGAACAUUUGCAGCCUGAACAGGACCAAGCUGGAGCCGUGUCGAAGGAGACCAUCUCGUCCUGUGAUGACCCCUUAAAGGUCCUGCAUGCUAACGGGCCCGUGAGCCCGGUCAAGACCAUUAUAGCCGAUCGAGCUGAGCAAGACUCGAUGAAUGUGGACUCCUAGAUUAGAGUGGGACGGCUACGCCUGAACAUAAUUCCAACGGGAACUGGAUGAAUCUGUUUCCGGGGCCUUUUGGCGACAUGUGAUGGUAUCGAAGGACGGGUUUGGUGCGGUGAGCGGCUCGUCCUUUAACCUCCGAGUUAAACUUUAAACCCGGGUCAAGAUGUGGCAAUGUCUGUUUGGGAUAUGGGAAUGUCGGGAUGAGAACAUUUCGCAAGCAUGCUAGGUGCUGGACACCACCAGUCACACAAAUGAAGUGUUUAUUUAUUGAAUAACGGACUUUCUUUUAUUAGCCCAGGGUUUUAUUAUUUAUAUACUUCAUGUUCUGUUUUUUUUUUUCAUGUGGAAAAAAAAAAAAAUCAUUUUCAAGGAUGAUAUAUUUUUUGAUAUAUGAUUUUGAUUUUUGAUUAUAUAUAUUUGAUUGAUUUUUUGUAAUUAUUUUUGCUUUAUUUAUUUAUACUAUAUUAACUCAUUCAGUAAAAAAAGUCAGUUUUUUUUGUUGUCAACCUAAAAAAGUUUUAUAAUAAAAUAGUUGGAAGUGUUGGAACACUAAAAAAAAAAUGAACACAGUAAAAAAUGAAAAAGACGAUCCAAUGUUAAUAAUAUCAUGGGGUUUGACGUCCCUUAUUUAUAACAUAUACAUUUGAUAAAAAUAUAUAUCAAUAAAUAAAGAGACUUUAAGUCCCAAUCUAAUCCAUUGAGGAAAGCGGCCAUUUUAGCUCGCCAGGUUCGCGACAACGACUCGAGAAUAUUAAGUUUUAACAUGAUCCCCCUUGUUGACAAACAAACAGUGUAUGUCGGACACUUUGAAGGCCUCGUCCUCCUGGUUCAAGGUGAGCACAAAGCGACUCAUGCCGGCGUUUGGACACAGAGAGAACAUGCGUGCCCUUGUGCAAUCCCGAGGUACGGAGCAACGUAAAUCAUCCACGAGAUAGCGCAUGGUCACGCACAUGUAGGCCCCGUGUCCGACCACCAGCGCGUGGACGGGGACGUCGUCGGCGUCAGUCUCACCUUGAGGUGCCGCUACCGGAGGUAGCGAGACGUCGUGGCUGUUGGGCCAAUGUUGACGCCACAUUUGAUGGAGCAUUUUGAGCCAAAACUCUUGGACGCGCUGCUUCAGCUGAACACAGAAAAGGCCCGUUUUAGAAUUUUCUCUCUGUAUAAACUGCAGCUUUGCAAGGGCGGAUCGCUCCUGAUGCAACAGCCUGCAACUAGCGAGCGGCAGGCCCCAUCGUCAAGUCUAUCUUUGUCAUCGUCAUGUGCCUGUCCCGUGGUGGGAUGGAGCAAAGUUAACAUCCCGGCCAGGAACUAAUGCAUAAACAGAGGCGGCACGUUUCUGAAAUAGAACAUACCAAUCACACACGGGGGGGGCGGCCACAUACGUGUCAUAAAUACACAAAUAGCCGUGACUUUUUCAUCAGAGUCUCUGCAGUAAAAAGGAUGUACUUUGAUCACAGGUGAAAUUUACUGUACACUCUUGCACUGCUGUGUUGACCUUUGCCGCCCUCUGGUGGACAACUUUAUUCCUAGUUGUAAUUUCAUACGCUUCAGCCAUCAUAUAAGAUGAGUGUGACUUACUUUACACUUGCUAUGUGUUGUUGUGAUUCACAGCGCUUAUAUUGUUGUCAUGUAGAUUUUUUAAGCGUUCAAGAAAGCCAGAAAUGUCAACACAAAACAUGAUUUUAUAGUUUAUAUUUUAUAUUUUACAAAUUUCCCCACUGAGGGACGAAUAAAGGCAUAUCUUAGUUUUCAUGAAUUUCCAUAAAGUAAGAUUCUAUAUUAAUGCGGUAUUAAUGUUUCUAAUUAAAAUGAUCAGACCCGAGUUCAAUUCCACCCUCGUGAAAAUGAUGGUAAAGCCGUGAUUCAUAACUGUACUUUGAUAAACUCCAAUUCUGAUGUAAACAAAACCUCUUGCUGUCAAAGAUGGCGCCCGCCACCCCCAAUUCUAUGGAGGACCAAAACUGCCAAAAUAAUAAAUAAAUAAAUAAAUAAAAGUGGAAAUAAAAACAAAAAUGAAAACAAAAAUCAAAAAAUUAAAUACAAAAAAAUUAAUAUAAAUGGAAAUAAAAACAAAAAUAAAAAAAUAUAUACAUACAUAAAUA